GGUGCUCUGUGUCCCUCGGACACAGCGGAUCACCGAUCAUGGAAAGAGCCGAAGAUGUCAGCUCGGUCAUGUGAUCAGCUGUGUCCAAUCACAGCUGAUCACAUAGCACUGAUGAUCAGUGUAGCCCCAGCAGUGCCACCUGUCAGUGUCCAUCAGUGCCUUAUGUCAGUGCUCAUCAGUGCCUUGUGCCAGUUCCCAUCAGUGUCACAUCAGUGCCACAUAUCAGUGCCUACCAGUGCAUAUCAAUGCCACAUAUCAGUGCCCAUCUGAGCUGCCUUUCAGUGUCACUCAUCAGUGCCAGUCAGUGCCACCUAUUAAUGCCAAUCAGUGCUGCCAAUCAGUGCCACAUAUCAGUGCCAGUCAGUGCUGCCUAUCAGUGCCAGUCAGUGCUGCCUAUCAGUGCGCAUCAGUGCCACCUGUCAGUGCCACCUAACAGUG